UCCGAGCUUCAACAGACUCGCCACUCCCAAACGCUUCCGACAUCUCCGCUUGCUUCCCCGUGCCCACUCAUGGUUGCCACUGCCGCUUCCUCCACGCUGCCGACGACGUCCGGGGAAUACAUUGCCUUCUUCGAUCGUCUGGUGACGUUGCGCCGUCACUUUCACACCCACCCCGAGCUCAGCUUUCGAGAAGUCAACACCCAGCAAACCUUGCGUCGAUUCUUGAUUGACGAAGCUGGCAUCGCUGAACAAGACAUUCACGCGUGUGCUGGCACAGGCCUGGUUGUAAACAUCUUUGGGCCCGUCGACCCGAAAUCGUCCACGUCUCCGCGGUCCAUUUCAUGCGUCGCUUUCCGAGGGGAUAUGGACGCGUUGCCCAUGACAGAAGAGAACCCAUCGUUGGAAUAUAAGUCGAUCACGGCUGGCGCUGCCCACAUGUGCGGUCACGACGGACACAUGACGUCGUUGGCCGGGUUUGCGCAACUGCUGCAACGCCGUCGCGAGCAUCUCCCUGUCAACACAUGCGUGCGCCUGCUCUUCCAGCCUGCGGAAGAAGGCCAUUUCGGGGCCGUGGCGAUGAUCAAGGACGGCUGUUUGGACGGCGUGGACGAAGUGUAUGGGUACCACAACGUCAACUUCCCCGAGGGCGUCGUGGCGGUGAAGGCCGGCGCCGUCAUGUCCCACGGCAACACCUUUCGCAUCACCCUCACAGGGCCAGGUGGACACGGGUCAGCUCCCCACCAGACACUGGACCCGAUUGUGGCGGCUGGUCAUGUUAUCGUGGCGCUGCAGACGAUCACAAGCCGCAACAUUUCAGCCCACGACAGCGCCAUCGUGACAAUUGCCCAAGUCCACGGCGGGGAAGCCGAUAACGUCAUCCCGUCGUCGGUCACCAUGUCGGGCACCACGCGCGACUUUGCCCCAUCCGUUGCUGACGUGAUCAGGACCCGCAUGUCGGCAAUCGUCACGCACACGGCGGCGGCGUUCGGCGUGCAAGGCACGAUUCAGUUUGACGAACGGUACCCGGCGACUGUGAACGCCGUGGACCAAGCCGAGAUUGUGCGCAAGGUGGCGCAGUCUGUGGCCGGGGAGGCUAACGUCACCGCCGACGGCCUGCCGCUCUGUGCAUCGGAAGACUUUUCGUUUUACCUCAAGGAGCGCCCCGGCGCGUUCUUCUUCAUUGGCACCGUGUCGUCCGCCAGUCAGAACCGCACGUUGCACAGCAGCACGUUCGACUUCAACGACACAAUCUUGCCCGUGUCUGUGCGAAUGUUUCUCGAAUUAGCGCAGCACAGAUUGGACUGUCAGCUGUACGACCCAGUAGAAAUGGCGCGCAUCCAUUGCCCGUUGAAAUAGGACACGCUCGGUAUAUGCAAUACAUACUAGUACCUAGUAGGCCUACUGUAUUUCGUACUAGCAUCCAAUGUAAAUACGAAAUGGACGCGAGAUUCGAUUCAAC